UCGUGUCGUGUGCUGCGUUGCAGUGUGUCGUAUUGUUAUUAUGGAGCGUCCAUUAUUUUACAUUUGGAGUCAUAUCACGUAUUCUUAAUCACUCCUCUGCAUUAUUAUCGUGUUCUCAAUUAUACAAAGAAUUUAUCAAGAUCUUAUAUAUCAUUUAAUUAGUAACAAAUAAAAUAAAACUAGUGAUACAAACCCGAAAUACAUACUUUGUGAUAUUAAGUUUAAUCGAUCUGUUUUUUGUGAGUUUCAUUUCAACCAAAAAAAAAAAAUGAUUUUUUUAGAUGAAUUGAUGUUUAAGUUUAAGUGAAAAUUGCGCGCGCAGAUGUUCAGAAGGACCGCGUGGUGUUAAGAGUUUCGUUUCACGGUCGUUGUAUGUGUCAAAUUUGACAUUUGAGAAUAGAUUAUUUUUUAUGAUGGACUCUUAUAAAUUUUAUGUAAUAUAAUAUUUUAUAAUAAAUUAAUUGUUCAAUAAUUGGAUCAUUUACAAAAAAAAAAAAAAAAAAAAUUUGUAUCAUUUCGUAAAAGGUAUAAAUUUGAUUCUUUUUAUUGAUAUGUACCAAUAAAUAGGAAAGAGAGUGAAAAAAAAAACUAUAAGAAAGUGGACGGUGAAGAAUGAAAGGAAAGUAGUGGAAAAACUACCCAUACGAUACUCAUGACUAUCAAUAAAUGUUUGUUUAUGCGAACAUAAAACGAGUAACAGCUUAUUACAUCAGUAAGCUAGUGAAAGAAUUAAAGUUGAAACAUAAAAACGGGAAGAGGAGCAAGUUUCAUAAAAGAGACAACAAAAAGUGAGAAAGUAAAGAGCAACAAAGAUCUCAAGGUCGUCGGGCUCACAUAACGUGGCUUAUUAUUUUUUUCUACUAGUUUUUCUGUAACUUAUAAUUUAUUAAGUAUCACCCUGUGUUUUUUUAUACUCAAUAUUUUUAUCUCAUAUUUUUGUCUUGGGAUAAACCUUUGUCUUCCAGCUGCAGGCUUAUAAUUUUCCAUUCGAUGUCAGAUUUUGAAUUGAAUAUCCUGCAAUAAAAUAUACUUAGAAUGCAAUGAAAUCAUUUGUAUAUAUACAUGUAAUCCAUUGACGUGAACAUAAAUCUAGAUAUUUGCAUUUUUAUGUUAUUUAAUUUAUCAAUGUUAUUUUCAAUUGAAAUGAAAAUACUCAAAAUGUUUCAUGGGGAUAACUCGGAAGUUUUAGUGCAACAAUUGCAAUAAAUUGAACUUAAGGAGCAGUUGGCAUACUGGAUAAUUAUUUGAAUGCUUGGAGAUAUGACUAUUGCAAGUAAUAUAGUUGUGGAGUGGCUACGUUCACUCCACCUUUGCCAAUAUUCUGAAUCAUUUAUUGAUAAUGGUUAUGAUGAUUUAGAAAUAUGUAAGCAAAUUGGUGAUCCAGAUCUUGAUGCUAUCGGUGUGUUCAAUCUAAGUCAUCGAAUGCAGUUACUCCAGUCAGUAAAAACAUUACGAGAAGAGGGUGCAGCGAGUGUCUAUUUUACAUUAGAAGAGACUAAUGAUUAUAUUUGUGAUAGUGUAAGUUUGCGAUCAUCAAAAACGUCUUCUGAACCACCAGCAAGUGAUAAAGAAAUCCAGAGAGGUUCACCGACUGCUAGUUUAUCUAGCGGUGGUCAGGAAUUGGCUAAAUUUACCGACGAAUAUGAAGAGGGUAAAGCUGAACUUGUUAGGAUACCAAGGAUGCAGCUGAAAAUAUUGCUACAGGAAAAAUUAAGGCAUGAUGGUAUUCGACUUGCGUGUCAACCUUAUACAACACCGGAAGGUGAACAAGGAUACUUGGAAGGACUUGCAUCAAGAUACGCGGAUCUUUUUCAAACGCAUUACGGUGACGUCUUGGAGCCUCUCGAAGAACUACGGCAACGAGAAACGAAUGCAUCGCCAAAAAUUCCAAACUCUCAAAUUACUACCAGUUAUUCACAGACUAUUUACGUGCCUGGAAAAUAUUCACCUUCAAGUUGCUUAAGUGACAAGGAAGAAGAUGAAAUUUACGGAUUUGGCUACGGUGUAUUUGGUCGUCAGAUGCUUCAACAACGAAAUCAAAAACUUGUAUUAGCUACUCAAACGACUAAUUUUGAUUCAGGAGGACACCAGCAAACAUACCAUAGUUGCUUGAGCCCAAGAUCUGCUUUUUUUUAUGAAUUCCCGCCAAACGAACAAGAUCUGAAUACAAGUAAAAAAAAAACAACUUUUUCCCGUUUGUUAAAAGGACUAAAAACGCACAGAAAAGAAAAGCAGAGCCAGUCACAAGCUUCACCAAAAUAUACCGGACGAACGAAAAUAGGUGUUCCACAGAGGGUAGAUACACCAGACAGCGUACUCCAAAGUGGACUUGACUUAGGUCCUGAAAUAAGUCAUACCGUUCUUCGUUCCAUUGUGGACCCAAAAGAUUUUGAUAGACUAAGAUACUUUCAAAUGAAUAGCGGUCAGUCUAACAGUUUUGAAGAAACUAUCCAUAGGUUAAAAAUGCAGGAUGCCUUGAAGCAGAAAGAGCGCUUCCAUAAAGAGCACGAGGAGAUUUUACGAGAUAUACGACAAGGUUUGAUGCAGUUGGGCUGUGAAGGUGGAAACCCGCUUCCGAGAGAUGACACGUAUAUGUACGAUGAAGACGUAAGAUGCGGAGGCAUGAGAGAAGUAAGCACUGGUGGACAACACUGGUAUGAUGAGCCUCCGUAUGAAUCAGAUCCUGAUGAUUUUCUCAUGGGAGCUUGUGGUGAACCUGUACCAACAGCUAAAAUCCAAAAUGGAAGGAUUUGUUUCACUCUCAAUCUACAACCUGAUAAUUGUAACGAAGGAGUGAUAUCUCUUCGAACAGCUGGAGACAUCAGUUUACCACGUGAUCGAAGACAAAAGGUGACAUCCACAACAAUGAGGGGUUUAAUUGUACCACGAGGUCAUAAUAAUCCUUUAACUAUCAUUCCUUUGACACACUCCAGAGGAUCUUGUGAAAGUGGUGACUACGCUAGCAGUGAUAUUCAAUCAGAAGCAAGUGAUUCACUGGAGAGUAAUAGCACGCAGAUUGGAAUAGCAGGGCACGCAAAGAACUUACGUUAUGACGUACAAAGAAAAAUUGCAAAACUGAAGCAGGAUCACCCCUCAUCGGAAGCAUUUCCAUGUAGUACAAGUAGUAUAGAAAGUCUCCCUAGCGGAAGUGGAUCCAGUACGCAAGCGUUAAUACGAGCAGAUAGUGAUCAUAGUUCUGUUUCAUGUGACGACCAUGAUACAGUUAGCCCAGAGUCGAUUGGACCAAUCCUUUGUCGAGCACGUGCCAUUGUGGAUUAUACACCAAGUCCUUAUGACAAAGAUGCUUUGAAAUUUAAGAAAGGUGAUGUAAUUGAUGUCAUCCAGAUGAAUACAAGUGGCCAGUGGAAAGGAAUUACGCAUAAUCGAAUUGGGUUUUUUAAGUUCAUAAAUGUAGAAAUAUUAAAUGAACGAGUAUCGCGUUUUAAUGGUGAUACUGAAAAAGCAAAAACGAGUCGAAGACCUCGACAUAAGCCGAGAUCAGUUCAAGAGCUUCUGCAACGAAUGAAUCUUCAGGAACACAUACCUGUAUUUGUUUUGAACGGUUAUGAAGAUCUUGAACUCUUCAGAGAACUUGAACCAGCAGAUCUUGAUUAUUUACGUAUUCUUCAGCCAGAACAUAGAGCAAAAAUACUUACAGCGGUGCAAUUGUUGCAUGAUUUACAAUCUGGGAGUGAAGGUGAUCUAGCAUCUAGUUCUGAAGGUGAUGACAUCAGUCGUAGAGCAUUAUCAUCAUGUCAUACAUCAGGACAGUGUUCUCCAUUCAGUCGGAGACAACUUUCUCGAGAUUCUGGUUGUUUCGAUGAUCGUAAAACUCUAUCUAGAAAGUUAAUCAAUUUUGAUACAAGCAAGCUAGCCCGUGAAAACAAUUUUAAUUCAUUUAUAUCUAUCAACAAGUGUACUGAUGUAAAUAUCGUAUCUGAGGUAUGUGGUAAAGAUGAUUACAGCCCAAAUAUACCCAACAGUGUCAACAGUAACAGAAUUGUGGUGCAACCAACAGAAGAAGCAUUUGAUAAGUCACCACAGUCACAUAACAAUGGUGGGAGUGUAAAAUUCGUAACGAAAUCUGAUAGUUUGAGUGAAUCUGUACUUUCCGGGAAUGAUAAAGAAGCAGAUUCAACAUCUGUUGGUAAAGUUGCCGUAUCUAAAUAUGUUGUUGGUACGAGUGGUGAUCUAGGACUCGUCUGUGAUAGUGUGAAUUCUAUUAUAACUCUUGGUCAAAAAAGCUGCCUCAGUGAAAAAUCAAGUGAUUCAGGUGUUAGCUCAUCUAGUAUUAGUUCGGUUCCAUUAACAAGAGACAAUAAAACAUUUUUUAAUACCGUUGUAGAUUCGCCGACCAAGACUAUGAAAAAUUUUAUACACGGCUCUAUUAUUGUACAAGGAUCUACACCCAAAUCUUCGAAGGAUCAGAUGAUCCCAUAAAAAAUUAGCUAUUGCUUUUCUAACAUCAAGUAUAAAUUUCAUGAAAAGUCCAAGCCUCGAAAUUCUUUUUAUAAAUAAAAAAAAAUCGUUGUCUUCAUUUCUUCUCAUCAUUUGAAUAUGUAUUUGACAGUGGUAAAAAAAAUACUUUUGUUUCUUUGAUUCAAUACAUCUCAAAAGUUACUCUUAAAAAAAAAUCUUCCUAAAAUUUCAGCUCUGUACCUCAAAAGUUGAGUUUACGCACUGAAAGGGGAAUAAGAUAAGAUAAUCAAAUUUCCUGUAAGAACUCUAAUUCAUAAAAAUUCGAUUUUUUUCCCCUAAAUUUCAACCUCUGUAUUUUUUUUCUAUCAGCUUUCAGCGUAUAACACAAGAGACUUUUUUGCAGAGAAUUUGAUUUCCUCCAAGACUUCUGAAAUCAAAAAUCGGAAAUAAUUUUUUUUACAUAGCUAUUUAUAAAAUAAUAAAAGAUGUUUUCCAUAUAUUUUUAAUGGGAAAAGAGACCGCCGCGUAUGCCAGCUCAAUUUUUGAGAUAACGAGCUAAAAUUUCAGGAGAAUUUUUUUUUUUUAUUAAAGUAACUUUUGGAAUGUACACGGUAAAAAAAUAGUAGUGGCUACUCUCUGGGAUAGUACUGAGUACUUUCUGUAAAAAUAAAAUUUUAGACAGUACUGUAUGCUAUCUAGACUAUAUCCACUACUCUCUGGAUAAUACUGAAUACUAUCCCGGACAGUAGUGGAUAUAGUCUAGAUAGUAGUAGAUACAGUCUAGAUAGCAUACAGUACUGUCUAAAAUUUUUUUUACAGAAAGUACUCAGUACUACCCCAGAGAGUAGCCACAACUAUUUUUUUCCGUGUAGAUAAUAAAAAAAAAUAUUUUUUUUCUGACACAGUCUAAUAUAUACAUAUACCUGUUAGGUUAAAAAUAAAAUAUGUAUUUAUAAUUUGUUAGUAAAAAUGAUUGUAAAUAUAAUUAGAUAUUUUAAUAUUAUACUGUUUUACAGAAAUGAAAAACUCAAUCAAAAAUUUGUAUAAAUAAAAGUAAUGUAACUGCUAAAUGUAUUGAUGGAUAUGUGGAGGAUAAUUGAAUUCAAUAUAUAACUUAAGAUUU